GCAUAUUGUACACAAAAUGGCCUCUCAGAAACAUACCUACCGCAUCGCGUCUAUUCCGGGCGACGGGAUAGGCAUUGAAGUCGUCGACGCCGCCAUCCAGGUGGUGGAAAAGCUCGCCAAGACCCUUGGAACGUUCGAUAUCGAUUUCACCCACAUUCCAUGGGGAACUGCAUACUACAAGGAACACGGCCGAUAUGUAUCCGAAGAUUGUUUAGACACGCUGCGCAAGUUCGACGCCGGGCUGUUUGGUGCCGUCGGUGCCCCAGAUGUUCCGGACCACAUCUCCCUUUGGGGUCUCUUACUAGCCCUUCGUGGGCCGCUGCAGCUAUAUGCUAAUGUCCGUCCCGUGCGCACAUUCCCGGGCACCAAAUGCCCUCUCAACACUGCGACAGAGGGCAUUGACUGGAUGCUUGUGCGCGAAAACUCCGAAGGAGAGUACUCCGGUCAGGGCGGACGCAGUCACGUCGGUCAACCCUGGGAAGCUGCGACGGAGGUGGCCAUGUUUACCCGUGUGGGAAUCGAGAGGAUUAUGCGCUUUGCCUUUGAAGUCGCGCAAUCCAGACCCCGCAAGCUACUGACCGUGGUUACGAAGAGAUUUCCCCGACGUUACGUGGGACAAAAUGCUGGUGGAUGCAAUGACGGUCCGCAUGGUGGCGAAGCCCAAUCGAUCGACACUAUCGUGGGAACGAAUCUGCACAUGGAUAUUCUGUCCGACUUGGCGGCGGCAUUGGCUGGAUCUAUCGGUGUGGCUCCUUCCAGCAACCUGGAUCCAACCCGCAAGAAUCCCUCUAUCUUUGAGCCAGUACACGGGAGUGCAUUCGAUAUCACUGGCAAGGGGGUGGCCAACCCCGUGGCUACUUUCUGGUCCGCUGCGGAGAUGCUGUCCUGGUUGGGUGAAAAGGAGGCGGCGAAGAAGCUCAUGGAUUGCGUGGAAAGGGUAUGCGCUGCUGGUAUCCUCACGCCGGAUCUCGGAGGCACGUCGAAUACACAAGGAGUGGUGGAUGCUGUGAAUAAAGAGAUUGAGCGCUUGGAUAUCGUUGUAGCCCUGCUGCUCACUAUCCAACAUCUGGCAAAGCACCAUGUUUUGGCCAGAAUGGAGUCCACGGAUCUCACGUCUGGCCCGUCAGAAAUCGGUUCCUUGACGGCACAAUCCAACGAAGAGAGUCAAUUUGUUGGCAGUUCCAGCGGUGUUUACUUUAUUAAUACGGUCCGACAGGCUUUUUCAAGAAACUUGGAUACGUUAGAUGCAUCCUCCGGGCAAGAAUUCCCACUGCCAGAGGACACCCUCGUUGGCAUUGAUGGCUCGCACCAUGACAGGCGCUCUGCCCCAUCCUCUGUCAAAGCAUCACCGAUGCCCGGGGGCGAACAACCUUUUUGUCAAUGGGAAUACGACCCUGCAAUGGCGGCGAUACUGGGUCAAGCACCGCCGCUAGACACCGCAAGAGAACUCAUGAUGUUACGCAAGAGGAUAUUCUGGUGUGCGUACGCUAUAGACCGGUAUCUAAGCCAGGCUCUUGGUCUUCCUCUUGGCAUACAAGAUUCCGAUAUCGACGUCUGCGCCCCAGGGGCCGACGAAAUCCAUGUCCCCGGAUCACAUAGAGCACACGGCCUUAGAAUGGGCUUGUCUACUUUCAACCUCGACGAUAGAGCAUCUUCUGCACCAGCGAGCAGUGCUGAUGCAAUACAACUACCGGCUGAGCAAUCUUUUGGUCACGAAUCCCAUCGCAAUACGCCGAGUGACUCCGAGCCACUCCAGAACAAAAGAGAAAUCGCCUUCGCAAGCUAUGUUGAAUCCGGCAAACUCACAGGGAGAGCACUGGAACUCUUCCACAAAUCCAUCCUCGUCCGCUCCAUCCGCCGCAGCUCGGUCCUCUUCCUGAUCACCGACGUCCACAAAUGGUGGAACAGUCUCUCAGUUGAUCUCCAAACCUAA